AUGAUCAUGGACAAGUUCAUCUUCAACCUCGUUAACCAGAAAUACUACACCCCUAGCAAUUUUGUUUGGGUUUACGAGCAUUUCUGCUCGUUCAAAGGCAAGAUAUGGGCCAAGGUGUUUAUCAAGUCGAAACCUGGCCUCUACGGGAUCAAAUUCUGGAUGUCUGUUGACAGCGAAACUGGUAUGGUGUUAAACUUUCAGAUGUAUUGUGGUAAAUGUGGGGGAAGAGAAGAAAACCAAGGUUUCAGAGUAACCCGUGACAUGGUACUCCCCAUGCUCUGUCGCGGCUUCAAGACGACCGUGGUGUGCGACAACUUUUUCUGUACUUUGAAGAUGUCGCACAACCUUGCUGCCUUUGAAGUGCCCGCCAAAGCCAAGGAUGUAGAGAAGAGAAGCAGCGACACCACCACCUUCUUCUCAAAGGGCAAGAGCAAACUUGUCUCUUACUACAACGAGAAGAAAAAGUUGGUGUCACUGCUUACCACCUGCCAUUACAAGGAUAAUGUUGUCGCAGUGGAGACCACCGUCUAUAAUUGGGCAAGCAACAAGUAUUACAGCUGUAGACGCAAAACCUACAGAUGGAACAUUCGGGUCUUGUACGACAUGAUCGAUAUUGCGGCUCUCAAUGGGUACAAGACCUACUCAGCAUUCAAUAAAGGUGAUCGUAUUGAAUACCCGAAUAAGCUUUCAAGGGAUUUGAUGGCUUAUAACUGA